AUGGCGAUUUCACAGUCUGGGAAGGCCAAGACGGCUCCCAAGACCAACAAUGGCGCUUCGCGACGAGGAACUCAAAUGCAUCGCCGCUCAAGAACAGGCUGCUACACCUGCAGAUUAAGACGAAAGAAGUGCGACGAGGGCUCGCCUCUUUGCACAGCAUGCAAGCACCUUGGUCUGCAAUGCGAGUAUAAGCGACCCAUGUGGUGGAGCAACAACGAUGCGCGAAAGCAACACAAGGAGGACAUCAAGGGCAUCAUCAAGCGCAAGAAGCUCUCGGAAAAGUCAUCGCACGCCUCCAUAAACUCUGCCUCCUCCUCACCCCCUGGCUUGUCACACUCCGUGCCAUCGUCUGCAACAUACACCGACCCUAUGGACCGCAACAGGUCUGCAUCUAUAGAUUCCCACUUUUCAAACGGCUUCAACUUCAACGGCCCGAUGCACCAGCCCGAUUACUCUUCUUACAACUCUCAGCUGCCCCCCGACUUCAUGAUUGGCUCUUAUUCACCGUACGAGAUUGAUGUCAAGACGGAGCGACAAAUGUUCAUCAAUGACGUACCGACAUUGAAAGAAUCCCAAGUCUCGACCUUUAGCACUUACUGCCCGCCUCCACCAGCAGGCACCGUCCUGCCGGCGGGCACCCUUCCCGGAAGCUGGAUCGAGCAUGUUCAUGAAGAGCGCCGCGAGUCGCUGGCUGAGGAGACGCUCAACGUCAACUUCUUCGACUUUGCCCAUGGACCGUCCUAUGACUCAAGGCAAGUCAAGAUUGAGCUGGAUGAGAACGACCAGCGUCUGUUUGACCACUUCAUCCAAUUCGUGCUGCCAACCAUCUUCCCUAUUCUGGAGACCAACCAGCAUGGCUCAGUUGCAUCUGACUUGAUUCUCCCCGCGCUGCAGUCCAACAACACCUAUCUUCACUGCUGUCUGAGCAUCGCAGCUCAGCACCUUAAAUCUUUGUCGGCUGGCCCUAACGAAGACCUUGAUCAUGACAUCAUGAGACAUCGUUAUGCGACCAUCUGGUCGCUUUGCGAGUCCCUGAAGCGAGACGAGAACUACCAGCAGAUCCUCGAGGCCACUCUUGGACUCAUUUUCUUCCAGUGUGUCGUUGGCCGCUCGGACAGUGAAGAGCUGCUUGACAUUGCGUGGCACCAGCAUUUCCAGGCCGCCAUUAACCUGGUCACCAAGCUGGACCUGCCCCGUCAAGUCUUGGACCCUGCCACGCCAAUGACACAGACCCCGUUCAACAUGACCUUGACCGCCUGGAUUGACAUCCUUGGCGCCACCAUGCAGGGAACAUCUCCUACCUUUGCCCACACGUACCGCGAGAAGCAUCUGUCUCAAAUCAAUCCCUACAUGGGCCUGCGAGAGCUGAUGGGCUGCGAGGACCGAGUCAUGUAUCUCAUCUCUGAGAUUGCGUGCCUCGAAUCGCUCAAGAGAGAUGGCAUGGAUGACUUCACCCUCUGCCAACACGUGUCUGCCCUAGGCGAGCAGAUUAGCCUCACCGAGGUCAAUGAGUUCACACCCAAGAUGCCUUACAAUGCCAAUGGCACACUGUCGCCCAAGCAGCUUUCCAAGAACAUCACGGCUGCCUUCCGCCUUGCGGCUCGUAUUUACCUGUGUAGUCUGGUGCCUGGGUUCAGCCCCAAUCAGCCCUCGCCGAUGAGUCUGGUUGACAAGCUUACAAACGUAUUGCAAUUUAUUCCUUCUGGACCUGAGGGUUACGACAGCAGCUUGGUCUGGGUCUACCUCUUGUGCGGCUCAAUCAGCCUCCCCGGCUCCGACUUUCGUGUGCUAUUUGAGGAUCGCAUUGCGCAGCUUGGCGACCAGGCCAGCUGUGGCUCUUUUGGCCGUAUGGUGAUGGUGUUGCGUGGCCUCUGGCUUCACAAUGACAAUUUGUCGAGGCAAGGUACGCCCGAUAGCGCCGGAUCAGACGUGGCGCAGACAUAUCUCCACUGGCGAGAUCUGAUGCGGAUGCAGAACAUGGAGUACCUGCUCAUGUAG